AUGGCGAGCCCCGUGCUGAACGCCUGGCGGCGCGUCGCCUUGGCUCCUUCCCAGGCCCUCUCGUUGUCUCUCUCUUUCUCUUCCUCACUCGCGUCUCACUGUCUGCAAUGCCCAGGCUCGUUCGCCUCGGCGUCGUCCCUCGCGGGCCUCGCUCAAGCGCACUCUCAGCGUCGCGCCUUCGCCUCGUCUGAGCGACCUUCUGUCUUCUCAUCGUUCACUGCCAGCCGCGUGGCAGCCACCGGCACGCGCACGCAGCGUUUGAGCGAGCAUUUCGUGUACCACAAAAUUCUCGAUAAGUCUCCUGCCUCUUCACCGGCUCCGCGCCUCACGACGCCCCCGUCGCCUCCGCGCGCACCGGGGCCAGCGUCGCCGCUGUCCCUUCGACGGCGCUUGGAGCACUCCUUCUUCCUCUGUGUGUUGAGCCUGCGAAAGAAAUCCGCACUGGGGCGGCUCCUGUGGAAGAUGUGUUAUGCGCGGGCCUCCGAGCGCGCGGCCGCCGCGCAGCGGAACGCCAGCGAAGCCGAGGAGCAGGGCUUCACGAGCUUCUCGCAGCUCGAAGCUGUGAAGAAAGAGCAAAAGAAGAGACUCAACAAGCUCUUCUCUCUGGCCGCGGCGUGUGGCGUCCUCGCCGUCUCCGUAGGAGGACUCAUCUACGUGGUCGCCACCUGGUACGAAGAGCCGCUGAUCAAAAUCGGCGUGAAGCGCCCGGCAGCCGCAGAGGGCGAAGACGCACCCGACAAGGACACCAUCGUCGCCUGA